UCUAUCAGAUUGUUAAAAUCAAUUCCAAAAAAUUACGAACCAGUGGUUGUCAAUACAAGUACAACAAAAGGUUUUUAAUUUUCAUCAUUCAUUUUCCAGAAACUAAUUGUGACGUAAAAAUGGCAUCAGCUAGUGAAGAAGUACUUCCUGAACAAACUGAACUGAAACAUCCCCAAGAAGGGGAAUCAAACUUGAGAUUUGAAUCUCCAAAAAGAGGUACAACUUUGUCAACCAGUACAAGCAGCUUUGAAGCUCUGGAUCCACAUGAUCCGAAUCUCAGUCGCCUUGCAAACACUAUGUUUCAAAAGACGAGUGAGUACCUACAAGAAGAACUCACUGCAACUCAUGAAGAUUACAAGCUUCUUGAACGUAUGAAUAGAGAAACAAUCACAAAGUAUUCGGAGCUUAAGAAUAUCUCUACAAAUGUGGCUCAAUCUUUAGACUUGCUCAAUCAAAAGUACAAAAAGUUACAGCCAGUUUUAGAUAACAUCAACGAAAUAGAUGAGAGUGUAACAAAAUUAGAACAGGCUGCUUACAAACUUUUGGCUUACUCCAACAGAUUAGAAGCAAAAUUUAAGGACAUGGAAAAAGAAUCCAAAAAGUGA